AAAUAUCGAUACCAGAAAGUAUCGGAACGCCCCACACAGAUCUUAGACACAAACACAACUUAACUUAACCUAAUCAAAUUUCGACUCAAGCACACUGAAGGAAGAUGGCUUUAAAUAAUUUUAGGAGUAGAUGUCAUCUAUUCAAUAAUUGGAAUCAGUGCAAGAAAAUAAGCUCUAUGAAGUUUUCUUCAAAACCUAGCAGUGAUGACUGGGUCCCAGAGGAAAAAGUAACACACACGGGACAGGAAUGGGACAAAAAUGACUACCGUUUAGCACGAUUCAUUGACAGACCAAAGCAUGUCAAUCCAAACUUUGCUGUUAAGCUAAUCGAUGAGAUUCCACCCGAGAAGAAGAAGGACAGGAUCGUUUCUUGUGAUGGAGGUGGCCCACUUGGUCAUCCAAAAGUCUACAUCAAUCUGGAUAAGCCGGGAAACCAUACUUGUGGCUACUGCGGGCUACGAUUCUACAAAGAAAAUCAUUAAAUGCAUUAGGAGGAAUUCAAUUUUAAAAUAUCCUCUAGAAUAUUAUUAAUUUGUUGUAAAAGUUGAACUUAUAUUGAAGCAUUAUAUUAUGUAAAAAAUUUGUUCUUUAUAAUAGUCAAUACUGUUUCUCAGAAGCUGAGAGAUUUGUAAUAUACAUUAUAAUUCAAUUGAAAAGAUUCAUUAUUAAAAAUACUGAAGUAAA